AUCUGAAUUGGGUUGGUUCCGGAAAUGUCGAACGGCACAGAUCAGGCUCAACCACCGCCGGAAAACACGGCUACUCCGGUGGAUUUGAAGUCACGGAAGCGUGCGACGCCUGGGGAUGAUAAUUGGCUUCCUCCUGAUUGGAGAACCGAAGUUAGGGUUCGAACCUCUGGCACUAAAGCUGGUACUGUUGAUAAGUUCUACUACGAACCGAUUACGGGUCGUAAGUUCCGGUCCAAGAACGAGGUUUUGUACUACUUGGAACACGGUACGCCUAAAAAAGCCGUCAAGAAAGCGGAAAACGGAGACUCCCAUUCCGAACAUUCUGAAGGUCGAGGAAGCAUUAGGCGGCAGACAAAAUCCAACAAAAAAGCUAAUGAACCACCGCCAAAGCCGUUGAACUUUGAUUUUCUGAAUGUGCCGGAGAAGGUUACUUGGACUGGGAUAAACGAUUCAGAAGAAGCUUGGUUGCCUUUCAUUGGGGACUACAAGAUUCAAGAAUCCGUCAGCCAAGAUUGGGGCAGAGCAUUCACUUUAGUCACCGCUCAAAACGCCGGAACAACUAUGUUUUAAAAGAUCGCUGCAGCAACUCACAUCAAAAUGUAAUAACACGAGCCGCUAGAUAAUCAUAUCUACUUAGUAUUUACUGAUCUUUGGUUGGAAUGCAGGUUAAUUUAGUAGUGAUAGUUUAGUAACACUUUAAUUUGAGUUGUAAUCUACAUUUUAAACGUUUUCUUAGAUAAUUUGAAGGCAAUGUAUGUCAAUAUUGUUGCCUUUGAGAGAAUCCGCUAGUAACAAAGUUAUGAAAUCUAA